AUGGCUACUUGGCUUGAUAUGCGUCAGAGAUUAAAAAAGAAUGAAACAAUUAAUAAAGUGGUACAAGAACAAUUUGAAAAAGAGAAAGAUCAUUGGAAGAAAGUUCUUCAGAGAAUUAUUUCAAUUGUAAAGUUCCUUGCUAAACAUAAUUUAGCUUUCCGUGGAUCGAACGAUAAGUUGUAUCAAAAGAGCAAUGGAAACUUUUUGGGUUUAAUUGAAAUGCUGGAAGAGUUUGACCCAGUUAUUAAAGAGCACGUGAGAUGUAUUACAAGUGAUAACAUCCAUGUUCACUAUCUCGGUCAUACAAUCCAAAAUGAGUUAAUAACUUUGCUUGCACAUGCAAUCAAAUCAGAUAUCAUAAAAAAAGUUAAGCAAUCAAAGUAUUACUCAGUGAUACUUGAUUGUACCCCAGAUUGCAUUCAUCAAGAACAAAUGACUUUGAUAUUGAGGUAUGUAAAUUUCUCAUCCACAAGUGUCAGUGUUGAGGAAUCUUUUUUAGGAUUUUUAAAUGUUAAUGAUACCACUGGUCAGGGACUUUUUGAUACAACACAAGAUGAAUUGAAGUCACUUGGUCUUGAUAUUGAUGAUAUGCGUGGUCAAGGCUAUGACAAUAGAUCGAAUAUGAAAGGACUGGCACUUAAGUCGUUGUCAACCACAUGCUGGGAAAGUCAUGUUGAUAAUGUCAAAGCUAUUAGAUUUCAGAUUGUGGAAGUAAGAGAAGCUUUACUUCAAGUUGCAAAGAACGAUAAUGAUUCCAAAAUAAAAAGUGAAGCUAAAUCUUUAGCAACAAAUGAGUUUGGCGAUUUUGAGUUUUUAGUUUCGAUUGUCAUUUGGUUCGAUAUAUUAUACACCGUAAAUUUAGUGAGCAAAAACUUACAAUCCAAAGAUAUGCUUAUUGAUGUUGCUAUUAAAGAAGUUAAAGGUUUGAUCUCUUUCUUUGAGGAGUUUAGAAACACGGGGUUCUCAAAAGCUGUCGAUAUUGCUAAGCAAAUUGCAACUGAAAUGGAUGUUGAUCUUGUCUUCCCUCAAAGACGUGUAAUUCAGGAGUCAUUUAAAGUCAACUACUUCAUGUACAUUGUUGAUCAAGCAAUUGCUUCUCUUACAACAAAGUUUGAACAAUACAAAGAGUACGAGAAAAUUUUUGGUUUCUUGUUCUCUUGUGACAAGUUGAAGUUCUUUGAUGACAACCACCUUAAGUCAUGUUGUAGUCAUCUUGAAGAUGCACUCAAGAAAAACGGACGAUCAUAUAUUGAUGCAAAUGAACUCUAUGUGGAGCUAAGGUUACUUAACAAUUUCUUGCCAGGAAAAUAUGAGACCUACUGA